UCUCUCCCGAAGGGAGUAAUCUCUUUGAGUAGUAAGAGUUAGUGAAUAUGUCUGGGAAAGUGUCGAGACACUACGAGAGCAUUCGCCUCAUUUGUGAGAAACAAGUGGUGGUUUUAGAUAUUGGAGCAGCAUACACCAAAUUCGGUUAUGCCGGCGAAGCUACCCCUAGGGGGAUAAUCAGAACCGAGAUAAAAUGCCAAGAGACAAAGAAAAUACGCUCCAUUUUCAAGUAUGAUAAUGUUGAUGACUUGUAUGAAUUACUCGUCGAGUUUCUGCACUCUCUUUUUUUCAAACAUGUUAGGAUAACACCGAAGGACGUCAGACUGGUGAUACUGGAGAGUCUCCUGACACCUACCAAAUUUCGUGACACUCUGGCUAAAGUUCUUUUCAGGCAUUUCGAAAUCGCCUCAUUGAUGAUCUUGCCAAGUCACCUGGUAACAAUCAGUACUCUCGGUUGGGAUACAGCCUUGGUACUGGAUGUUGGUUAUCAAGAGGCCACUCUGAUUCCAGUUUACAACGGAGUGCCGAUGCUCAAAGCCUGGCAGAGCCUGCCAUUAGCUGCUGAAGCCGUUCAUAAUCGCAUGAGGGAGGAUUUCAAGGAGUCACUACCAGAUGUUGAAUUUGACGAAGAGCUCCUCGAAGAUAUAAAAGUGAGGACGUGUUUUGUGACGACACUGGAGCGUUCAAAAAAACUAGACAGCGACGAACCUCCAGUUCCACCCCCGUCAGUUAAGUACCCUGGGUUAAAGACAUUUACUGUUCCUGGCCACAUUAGGGAAAAGGCAUUUGAAUUGUUGUGGGAGAGGGACAAUGACAAUCUGUCCAUUCCAACAAUGAUUCUGGACUCACUAGUCAAGUGUCCGAUUGACACACGGCAACAGCUGGCGGAGAAUAUCCUCCUCGUCGGUGGUACGGUCAUGGCAACGGGUUUUACUGCCCGAUUGAAGUCGGAAUUAAUUUCCAUUGUUUCGAGUAAUUUAUACUGUGAAAAACUUAAAGUCCGGAAUUUCAAAUUUCACACUGCACCGUGCAAGCCCAAUUACACAGUCUGGUUGGGAGGAGCAAUAUUUGGCAUUGCUGAUUUGCCCUCGAGGUGUAUUUUGAAAGAAAAUUAUCUCAAGAACGAUCGAGUCCCAGAUUGGGCUAAUCUUCUGCAUAAUAACAAAGAGGGAUCCAGUUUUGGAAUUUAGAUGGAAUUUUAAGGAGAGCUCGGAGGCAGAAGAAUACGACGGAAUGCCCACUUUUCACUAUUCAUAGAUUUUCGAGCUGCUGAUGACAUGGAAUCAUUUUAAUAAAUUAAGUCUGUUUCGUUGUCUCCGUGGCUUCACAUCGGUCCCUUCGGAGGGAAAGCAUGAACAGUCUUGUGUUACUGUUUUUAACAGCACAGCUUAACUUAUCAACCCAGUUAAAUAAUAUAUGAAAAUUAAAAACAUGUAUAACAAUUUUUAUAAAUAGAUUUAAAAAAUUAAUGAACAAAUGUUUCUAUAUUUUUGUUUCUAAAGAAAUUAUAUUAAUUCUGUUUUACCUUUUCAAUGGCUCAACUACUAAGAGCGGGGCAAGGAGUGUAGGAAAAUCCUGGACGUUUAAAAGAAAAUUUACAUGAGACCAUUAAAUUAGUCAUCGAAAUUUAUUCUUCGCCGUUUAAUACAAGAAUCUUGUUAUCCAAAAAAUAUUUGUUGGAAAUUCCCGAUCAAUAGCUUACAGGGUAGUGAGGAGUGUAAGUUUUUCAUUUAAUUGAAGUUGAGUUUUAAUCAACUGCGACAAU